CCACUGACCAGUUAAACCUUCACUGCAAAACUAUUCACUGACCUAGUUAGUUGAAGAUCUUCAUUGUAGUACAGUUGCUUGGAAAACCUUUUAGUUGACAGAAUGUCUCAGAAUCCAGCCUCAGACUGUGUGGUGCAACCGCACGAAGCAAUUUCCAGCAGCACCAGUUGUUACCUUGUCCUGGAGUAUGUUGGAAAAGGAAGCUUUGGCCAAGUUGUCAAAACUGUGAAUAUAGCGACAGCAAAGGACGUGGCUCUAAAGAUAGUCACAUCUGAGGACAACAGAGCUUCAAAAAGAGAGCUCAAAAUGCUCCGGGCUAUUAGUGCUCUUGACCCGGUCAAGGCAAAUGUUGUACAUUUCCUUGAAACCUUUGAGCACAGAGGUCUAACCUGUCUGGCAUUUGAGAAUCUAGACAGAAACCUCUUCCAGCUUCUGAUGGACAGGCAGGGGAAGCCGCUGUCGCUCAAUGAAAUCAGACCAAUCGCACAUCAGCUGCUCACAGCUUUUGAUGCUCUCAAAGGUAUUGGUGUCAUCCACGCUGACCUGAAGCCUGAUAACAUCAUGCUGGUGAACCAUCAGAACCAGCCCUUCAGAGUCAAGCUCAUAGAUUUUGGUCUGUCACUUCACACCAGUGAAGUGAGGCCGGGUCUGAUGGCACAGGCUACCGGGUACAGAGCGCCUGAAGUGAUCCUGGGUCUCCCCUUCACAGAGGCGAUCGACAUGUGGGGUCUGGGUUGUGUCCUCUCAGUGCUCUACCUCUCCCAUCACCUGCUUGGGAUACGUUGUGAGUACCAGCAGAUGAGAAACAUAGUUGAGGUCCUCGGCCAGCCAGCUGACCACCUCCUCGAUGCCGGCAGCUUCACCAAUAAAUUCUUCAAGCUGAACCGGCACUAUGACUAUCCAAAGUGGUGGUUUAAGACUCCAAUGGAGUACAAGCUGACCACUGGCAUUGAGCCUAAAGAAUGUCAGAGGGCUCUCAAUAAUCUGGAUGAGCUUGUUACACUCUAUCCUGCCUUAGAGGAGGACAUCCAGCUAGAGGAUCUGAGAGCUUUCCUGAGCCUCUUAAAAUGUCUCCUUCAUACUGAUCAUGAACAGAGAAUCAGUCCUGACAAGGCCCUAAAGCACCCAUUUAUAUCAAUGGUGCACCUACAGGAGGAGCUGGACACCAGCAUGUACGCUGAAGACUCAUUUGAUAAAAUGAUCAUCCAAACCAACGACUCGGAUGAGGAGCUGACUAUUCAGAUAGAAAUAGAAGAGGAGAUGAAAGCUGGAGAAACUCCAUCCCUCUUUCAUCCAGAUCCUGAAGAAUCUGCCCCAGCUAACAUUUUUGUCAGCAUUAACAUUUUUGAAACAUCUGAUGGCACUAAAGAUGGCUCAGCUGAGGACAUAUCAGCUGUAAGCCACUGUGCAGCACAGGAGGACAGUGAGGAGAAUGAGGAGGAGCUGAGGUUGGUUACUGAUGGGCCAUCCGUUGAAGAAGCACCUGCAAAGGUGAAGAAGAGCUCACUGAGAAGGAUACGAAAGUUCUUUAGCAGAGCCAUAAGGACUGUGUUUCGGAUAAAGAAGAAAUCCUAGACCAAACACCUCCGACAGCCUCUGCUUCUUCUUCUAUUAAGCAUUACUGAAAUACAGCUUUUAUAUUUCAAGCUGAAGUCAAUUUAAAAAAAAAAUGACUUGAA